CUCCCCGCCCGCCCCACUUCUCAUUCACUUGGCUCGCACGCCGCAGACGGCGCAGGGCGCACACACCGCCAGUCUGUGCGCAGAGUCGGAGCCAGAGGCCGCGGGGACACCGGGCCAUGUACGUCCUCAACUGAAGCAGCACCUCAAAGCGCAACUCCCAGCAACCCAGCGGAUUUCAGGGAGCUCAGACUCAGAGGAUCCUCUGCAGAAAGACAACCUAAACCCCCACCAGGACAGUCUUCACCCCGACGCUUCGCUAGUGCAGACAGGAGCGCGCAGUGGCCCCGGCUCGCCGCGCCAUGGAGCGGAUCCCCAGCGCGCAACCACCUCCCGCCUGCCUGCCCAAAGCGCCAGGACUGGAGCACGGAGACCUACCAGGGAUGGAUUUUGCCCACAUGUACCAAGUGUAUAAGUCGAGGCGGGGAAUAAAGCGGAGCGAGGACAGCAAGGAGACCUACAAAUUGCCGCACCGGCUCAUCGAGAAAAAGAGACGUGACCGGAUUAACGAGUGCAUCGCCCAGCUGAAGGAUCUUCUACCCGAACAUCUCAAACUUACAACUUUGGGUCACUUGGAAAAAGCAGUGGUUCUUGAACUUACCUUGAAGCAUGUGAAAGCACUAACAAACCUAAUUGACCAGCAGCAGCAGAAAAUCAUUGCCCUGCAGAGUGGUUUACAAGCUGGUGAGCUGUCGGGGAGAAAUAUCGAAGCAGGUCAAGAGAUGUUCUGCUCAGGUUUCCAGACAUGUGCCCGGGAGGUGCUUCAGUACCUGGCCAAGCAUGAGAACACUCGGGACCUGAAGUCUUCGCAGCUUGUCACCCACCUCCACCGUGUGGUCUCAGAGCUGCUGCAGGGUGGCACCUCCAGGAAGCCAUCAGACCCAGCCCCCAAAGCCAUGGACUUCAAGGAGAAACCCAGCUCCUUGGCCAAAGGCUCAGAAGGCCCUGGGAAAAACUGUGUGCCAGUCAUCCAGAGGACUUUCGCUCACUCGAGCGGGGAGCAGAGCGGAAGCGACACGGACACAGACAGUGGCUACGGCGGAGAGUCGGAGAAGAGUGACUUGCGCGGCGAGCAACCGUAUUUCAAAAGCGAUCACGGACGUAGGUUCCCCAUGGGAGAAAGGGUCGGCGCUAUUAAGCAAGAAUCCGAAGAGCCCCCCACAAAAAAGAGCCGAAUGCAGCUCUCCGAUGAUGAAGGCCAUUUCUCCAGCAGUGACCUCAUCAGCUCCGCGUUCCUGGGCCCACAUCCGCACCAGCCCCCCUUCUGCCUGCCCUUCUAUCUGAUCCCACCGUCAGCGACCGCUUAUCUGCCCAUGCUGGAGAAGUGCUGGUAUCCCACCUCUGUGCCAGUGUUAUACCCGGGCCUCAACGCCUCUGCCGCAGCCCUCACCAGCUUCAUGAACCCAGACAAGCUCUCAGCUCCGCUGCUCAUGCCCCAGAGACUCCCGUCUCCCUUGCCAGCCCAUCCGUCCGUCGACUCUUCGGCUUUGCUCCAAGCUCUGAAGCAGAUCCCCCCUUUAAACUUAGAAACCAAAGACUAAACUCUGCAGGGGAUCCUGCUGCUUCGCCUUCCUUCCUCCCUACUUCCAAAAAAAAAAAAAAAAAGCCCACAAAAAGUUUUUGUGAGUGCAGCGAGAUUGUUCCAUUGUGUAUACUGAGAUAAUCCGAGGCAUGGAGAGGAGAUUCAGGGUGCGUGUGCAUGCGCGCUACGUGCACGCGCAUCGCGUGCCUGUGUGUUGGUAUAGGACAUUAAAGCUCCUUUUGGGUAGGGAAAAUGCGAAGGAUUGCUUGACAUCAGGAGAUUUAGGGGGUUUGUAGCAGACUUCUGGGCUUUUCCCCACCCAGAGAAUAGCCUCCUUUGAUACAAAUCAGCUGGAUUUUCAAAAGCUUCAAAGUCUGGUCUGUGAGUCACUCUUCAGUUUGGGAGCCGGGUCUGUGGCUUUGAGAACAAGGUACUUUCAAAAGAGGGCUUUCCACAGCGCAGCUCCCAGCCAGCUGUGAGGACCCCACCCUUCUCCCUUUAUUGUUGAUGUGACUCACCAGACGACGGGGAGAGAGCAGUCAGACUGAACUCUGUUAAAGUGGUGAGGUAGCAGACACUGGCAUAGCCCGGUAGUGGUUUGGGGAGAUUUCUACAGGUCUCCCCACCCCUGCCUCGGAUGAAUAAGGAGAAUGUAGUUCCCUGCUCAGGCUUGGAUGAUGAUUAGCUUACUAAGGAACUGAAAAUGGCCCCCUUGUGCAAGCUGAGCUGCCAGGGAAUGAGGUAGGAGUUCCCCAGGCCUCUGGCACCUGUUUCUUGGUCUCACCGGUAGUACUUGCUGUCCAGGGAACCAAACUAGGGUCUGAGAGAUGAGGCCACCCAGGACGCCCCAAAGUAACAAAUUGCUACCUUCUAGCAAAGCUAGACUCGGUUUUAAAUUCUAUCCUAAAAGCUCCUUUUAACCAAGCUUAGCUUCUCAAAGGCCUAACUGAGCCUUGACACCGCAAGAACCUUUCUGUAGGCUAAUUCUUCUUGCCUGAUGGCAUAUGGAGUGUCCUUAUUGCUAAAAAUUCUCUGUCUCCUUCAAAGAUGUUUUAUUUUUGGUCCAGAGUUCUUGUUUUCCUGACUCGUCCAGCUAACCGUGCACCAGCUUUUCAAAAUGCACUAUGCUUUGAUCGCCGAUUGUGUUUUAACUUCUUUUCCUGUUUUUAUUUUGGUAUACAGUCGUUGCCUUUAUUUGUAAAGCUGUUAUAUAUUAUAUAAAUAUAUUGAAAAGGAAAAUGUUUCAGAUGUUUAUUUGUAUAAUUACUUGAUCUACAAAGUGAGAAAAAUGAAUGUAUUUCUGUUUUUGAAGAGAAUAAUUUUUUUCUCUAGGGAGAGGUACAGUGUUUAUAUUUUGGAGCCUUCCUGAAGGUGUGAAAUUGUAAAUAUUUUUAUCUAUGAGUAAAUGUUAAGUAGUUGUUUUAAAAUACUUAAUAAAAUAAUCCUUUUCCUGUGGAAGAGAAA